AUGAGAGUUGGUGUUCUACUAGCUCUCGUCUCUUCAGUCCAGAUUUACCAGCAAAGUGUUUUAUCGGCGGCAUCAACUCAUUUUGAACCUCUGGAGUUUGCCGUAGCUAAUUCUGCCUUUUCAUUAGGUAAAUUUGUGUCCACAUUCUACCUUGUUUUCAAGCCUUGUUCAAGUGCUUCCGCUCUUCAUACAGAUGCAGUGUUACUCAUAAUCGGAGGAAUCAUUGGAUUAAUUCCCACUAGCACAUUCUUAACGAUCGGAAGAUUUUUAAUUGGAUGUGGUGCUGGAUUAGGUUUUGUAGCGUCGACUACCAGGCUGUGUGAAAUCGUUCCUUAUGCGGAGAGGCCGAAGAACUUCUUCGUCUUGGGAAUAGCAUUUGCAUUCGCAUCUUUUUUGGUUAAUGCAUUACAGUUCGCUGAUUUCAAUUAUCAGCUGAUCAUCUCAUUUUUCUCAAUACUCACAGUGUUAUGUGGCCUCGUGUACAUAAUGAACGAACAAAAUAUCAAAAGUGUCGAACGGUCAUCUGAGUCUCUGGCUUCGGAGAGCUAUCUUCGUUUCUCCAGUUUUCCAUCUUUACUGAUGUAUGGAUUAAUGAUAGCCAACGUCGCCAUUGGAGUUCCUAUCACGCUUGCAUAUUCGACACCCAUAUUCCGCAGCUUUGGAAACACAUUAGCAACUUCAACAUCAUUCUCGAUGACAUUCCCAUUAGCUCAGAUGGGUUUGAUGGUUUUACUCUACAAUAUCUCAUCUGAUCGGAAAAUGCUCAUCCUCGGCGGAUUCUGUUUGUCAAUAGGUGUCCAAGCGGUUCUUCUACUCACGAACGUAUAUCCUUUCCUUCCAUUUGGAUUUCACAAAUCAUCACAAUCACUAAUUUUCUGGAUUUUGUGUGUUAUCAUAUCAGUUCCUUGUAAUACUUCGCUUUGCUUAAUAUCAGAACAAUUCAACAACUCACCAAAUCAGAUGAAUCAAAUAAGCCGUGGGCGAUCGGUUAUGUGGAUUUUAACAGCUUUGAGUACGGCAACAUUCCCAUACAUGUUAGGAACAAAUGGUUUCUUCAUAACCUUCUUUCCCUACUUCUUCAUAUCUUCAAUCGUUUUAGCAUUUAUAGCUCGCAUCUUUCCUCCUUUAACAACUGUGUUAUAG